AUGACCGUCAAAGCUUGUGUCACACCAGGAUGUGCCAAAACUGGCAUUUGGGCCUGCGCAGGAUCUCAGCUGUGGUCCUACAAUUCCAUACCACUGCUUCCUGAUCAGUCUAAUGCGGCCUACAUUGAGCCAUUCCACCUCAACUCUUACCGAAAUUGGGGCCUCGAAAUGAAGGAGCUCAAGGAAAGGCUUGGCUGGCCGCAGGCUGAUGAGGCUGGAAAACUCUAUCCCGAGAAGAACAUUGAUACUUGGUACUACUACAUGUAUCAAUCGGCCGGUUUCAACCUCCCCAAGAACAAGCUUGCCAGUCAAUGCCUGGGACGAACCGUGAAGGGCGAUGUAGCUGUCGUCAGAUCCUCGCCGGAUGAUGUCGAUGGUUACGACGAGUCCUUUUCCAAAAUGGAUUUGGUAAGGACCAUCGAUUACUACAAGACUGCAAACUCUCGCCAGGUGUUCCAGCAACGAGAACACUCGCGACUUCCGCGCAAAAUGGGGAUGCCAGGGGACUUUUGA